AUGGCGGAAGCUGGCCUCGUCGCCACCAUCAUCGGCAUUGCCGGCGCCGGUGUCAAGCUCUCAAUCACGCUUUACACCUUCGCUGAAACUGUUGCCACGGCAUCCUCGGAGAUCAAAAACGUCGCCCGAGAUGUCUCGCUCACUUCGUCUGUGCUCGAACAGCUCGGCGCCCAUCUUGAGCAAGACGAGGACGCAAAGCUGUAUUCUGGCUCGGCGGUCGAGACGGUCAAGGACGUCAUGACCGAGUGCGAGGUCGUCUUCCAGGAGAUCGAGGGCGUGUUGGCGAAAGCCACCGACAGUGUCGCCAAACGAUGGCCCAGGAAGGGCGGCAAAGUGGCCUUGUCGGCGAUGGACAGGUUGAAGUGGCCGUUCCUGCAGCCGAAGAUGGCUCUUCUCAGGAGCAACCUGGAGAGGCUAAAGAGCACGCUGAUGCUGGUGUUGAAUGUGUUGAUUUAUGCCCGAGAUUCGCGAGUCGAGAAGGAGUCAUCUCCCACAGGCAGAGGGAACGAUCUGUACCAGCGGACGUUGUUGGAGAAUCUCUUCCUCGCGAACCAGCAGGCCACGAGGAAGUACGAGGCGCUCCUCAGCAUGAUCGAGUCACAAGGAGAGAAUGCCCUCGCUGCGACGGGCCAGUCGCUGUAUCAGGAUCCGGGCUCGGAGCCGGAGCUGGCUCCGUCAGUCAGACACUCGCUCAAACACAUCCAACGGGCGUUACUCCAGUUCGAGCGGUCCGCGCCAAUGUCGUACGGUAGCUCACGGAUGGGGGUCCAGAUUGAACUGGAGAAGGAGCUCUCUAGAUCUCGCGACGCCAGGGCAGGGUCAAAGCCAUGGGUGUUGGUCUCGAUCGGGCGCAAGGAAGAAGUUCCGCCUUCGUACAAUGAGUCGUGGAUCCCAUCCGAGGGGGAAAUGUACGGUUCAAUUGCGGCCGGAGCCCUGGAGGGUCUGACGGUUGCUGACUACGACGAACGGUCCCGUUCGCGUUCGCGGUCGCGAUCGCGCGUGCGCUUCCAAGGGCAGUAUCACGACCCCUACCAACCCUACCAGAACUCGCAGCCGGGUCCCAGCAGGAGGACCGAUGCCCUCCAGGCGGAUAUCGAUGAGACCAUGGGCCUGAUGCACGAGAACACCAGUCGAGUUUCGCAAAGGGGAGAACGGCAGGACUCGUUGGUGGGUAACGCGGAUCCGUUAACUUCCGGGGCAGUCCAGUUCCGCAAGGGUGCUGCGCGGACGAAGACGUGGUACGAGUCGAUUUUUGAUUCGAUCACCUCACCCAAUUCGGCGAUCAGUUCGUUUCAGGAAACCGUGAAGAACACAGGUCUAUUCUUCGGCGUCGAAGACAACAAGGAAAAUCCAGACACCGUGCUCGAAUACCGCAAGGACUCGCGGUUGGCGUCGCCGCCCAAUUCACCCGGCGCCAAACUGGGCCGAUCGACGACGUUUGACGAACUGCUCAGGUCGCCCUCGUCGGAAGGCCAAUACACGCCCCCUUCCACGAUUGUCUCCAAGGAAGAAGACGCCAAUGCUGUCGCUGCUACUGCUGCUGCUGAGAAGCCGGCCGAGCCUGACGCAGGGACGCACGCUCCCAAGGUCGAAUCGGCCGAGGGGGCCGCCAAGAUCAAGAAUAAGAUCCCCUUUCUUGUGCCUGCGGAGAACGAGGCCGGCGAUAUAAGCGGGCGGACUACGCCUGAUGGGACGAUGAAUCUGGACGAAAAGGCGCCCGAGGCAGGGGAGAAACCCACCCAGCAGACCCAGAUUGGGGCCGAGGAAGAGAAACCGACGGAGCGAGUUUCGCGCGAUCAUGACCCGCAAAAGCAAGAGCAAGAGCAAGAGCGUGAGAAGGCCGAAGAGGGUCAACCCUCGGAAGUGCCGGCAGUAGUCAGCCCCUCGAAGGGUAAAGACAAGGGCAAGGGCAAAGCCACAGACAUGGCCACGGACGAACAACCCGAUGAGAUCGAGCAGUUGCUGAAGGAGUGGACUACCGUGUACGAGUGA